AAUCCCCUAUAAAAGGCUCCUGCCCUGCUGACCUGGCACUGCACACUCCGCUUAGCAGCCACUUGCCUCAUCCUACCUGUGCAUUAGCUGGACUCCCAAGAUGCCUCAGUUACUGCGAAACAUUAACGGGAUCAUCGACGCCUUUCAACGCUAUGCCAGGACAGAGGGAAACUGCUCAGUGCUCACCCGGGGGGAGCUGAAAAGGCUCCUGGAGCAAGAGUUUGCUGAUGUCAUUGUGAAACCCCACGACCCGGCCACUGUGGAUGAAGUCCUGCGCCUGCUGGAUGAAGACCACACAGGGACUGUAGAAUUCAAGGAAUUCUUAGUCUUAGUGUUUAAAGUCGCACAGGCCUGUUUUAAGACAUUGAGUGAGAGUCCUGAGGGAGUGUGUGGACCUCAAGAGUCUGGAAGCUUCCCCUCUGGGGCCUUGCCAGAGCUGGGAGAAGGAGAAAGAAGUGUCACAGAAGUGGGAAGCACUGGGGAAAGACAGCGUCAGGAGGGGAGCAGUGGUAGACAGAGCAGGCAGGCUGCCAGAGGGCAGGGCGGAACUGGGACACAGACCCACGGUCAGGACAUCAGCUCUUCUCAGGUCAGUCACCAUGACAGGCAGUAUGAGUCUCAGAGACAGGACAAAGAGAGCCUGCGAACACAAGCAAGAGGAAAUGUGGAGCCAACCCAGAGAGAGGGAGAAGAUCAGAGCCCCCAGACCAGAGAAAGAGUAUCAGAGAGGCAGUCACAGACUGGGGAACAGAUCAGAGCCCCCCAGGCAAGUGAAACUGUUACUGGAACCAUAACUGAGACCCAGACAGGUGCCACGGAGACCAAGGGGCAAGACAGGAGCCAGACACAGGAGCCCACCCACGGCCAGACCAGGGUGACUGAGACCCGCAGUCAAGACAGGAGCCAGACAAGACCCACUGUUACAGGAGGACAAGUUCAGACACAGGGAAGUGCCACCGAGACUGUGGAGCAGGACAGGAGCCAGCGGACAGGAAACACCAGCACCCAGACACAGGAGCCCACCCACGGCCAGACCAGGGUGACUGGGACCCACAGUCAAGACAGGAGCCAGACAAGACCCACUGUUACAGGAGGACAAGUUCAGACACAGGGAAGUGCCACCGAGACUGUGGAGCAGGACAGGAGCCAGCGGACAGGAAACACCAGCACCCAGACACAGGAGCCCACCCACGGCCAGACCAGGGUGACUGAGACCCGCAGUCAAGACAGGAGCCAGACAAGACCCACUGUUACAGGAGGACAAGUUCAGACACAGGGAAGUGCCACCGAGACUGUGGAGCAGGACAGGAGCCAGCGGACAGGAAACACCAGCACCCAGACACAGGAGCCCACCCACGGCCAGACCAGGGUGACUGGGACCCGCAGUCAAGACAGGAGCCAGACAAGACACACUGUUACAGGAGGACAAGUUCAGACACAGGGAAGUGCCACCGAGACUGUGGAGCAGGACAGGAGCCAGCGGACAGGAAACACCAGCACCCAGACACAGGAGCCCACCCACGGCCAGACCAGGGUGACUGGGACCCGCAGUCAAGACAGGAGCCAGACAAGACACACUGUUACAGGAGGACAUGUUCAGACAGAGUCAGGGUCACAUAUCCAGAAUAAGAAUCAGGACAGGAGCCAGACUCCAAGACACAUAGGGGCUAGAGAACAGGGACAGACCCAGAUGCAGCCAAGCAGUGGUCAAAGAUGCACACAAGUGAGCAGCUAUGAGGCAGAAGAGCCCACACGGGGAGGACAGGCCCAGAGUGGGACAAGCACUCUAACGGGCAGACAGGACUACAGCAGCACUCACCCAAGGGGCAGUGUGAUGGGAGGGCAGGGAGAGAGAGAGCCUUCGGUAGUUAAGCAGGAGGAGUGGGCUGAUGACCACACAAGGGAGACAGCAAUCCGAAGGCAGGCCCAGGGCAGCCUGCACACCAGCAAGCCUUCAGUGCAGGGCCCAGAGGCAGCACAGCCAGAGGAGAAGCGAGGCUUCACAGCCAGGGAGCUGUAUUCCUACUUCAAAAGCAACAAGCCAUGAGUGUCCAGCUCCUGAAGAAGACAGCUGGAGAGGCAUUGGCUUGGCCUGCCCUGGCCAGUUCAGCUGGCAUGUCCCUGGACAUCAGAGCUUAAUCAUGGUGCUUCUCUCUAAGGUCUUUCUCAGUGAGGCCAUUUCUGCAGGGUGCUUUCUAUCCUAAACUCUCUCUCUUGCCUGCUUUGCUGUGCAGACCCUCUCAGAAGCAGAAGACACAGAGCAAGUCAUCCCUUUCCUGAAUGUUCCUCGGCUUAUGGGGUUUUUCAGAGCUACUUUUCUCUCUGCCAUCUGUCCACAGCCCUAUCUAUCCUGGUGCAUCAAUAAAACUUAUCUAGGCAACUGG